AAAAAAGUAAAAAUUGUUAUUCUAGUGCUGUACCCAAUUCUAGUGAGGAUCGUAGUUCACUUCGAUAGCAGUAAUUAUUUCAUCUCAGUAUAAAAAAUACUGCGGAUUUUCAGUUGAAAGGUUGUGAUUGUAAUUAACACAUGCCCUUAAAAAGUUUUAGGACGGUAUUUAUAAAUUAUAUUAUAAGCAUUCCACCUUAUUAGACGUUCAUAAAAUUAAAAAAUGUAAAUUUAGCCCUUGGGUGUAAUAAAAUACAAGUUUAUGAUUUAAGUGACUUGGAAUUAUGAAGACUGACUUGAGUAUUGAAAUGCCCGAUGGGAAAUUAAAGAAAUUAGGUUACAAAGCUGCUGUAACAUGCAAAGUAAUUAUUCGUGUAUUAUUUGUACUCAUCAACAAUAUUUAUUGCAUACCCACAUACUGUGUUUGGAUGAUUAUUUUCUUUCCUUUGCGAAAAUUUCAUCCUAAGCUAUAUUGGAAAUUAGAAGGUUUAUUUUUCCAUUGGCUCUUAGCAAUGGUUUCAAUGUGGUCGUGGUCUGCAGGAUAUAAUAUUGUAGAAGUAGGUGAUGAUAUCAGAUUAUGCCUCAAUGAUCGUACUUUAGUAUUGGUUAAUCAUCAAUCAACAGCAGAUGUUCCAAUGCUGAUGACAAAUUUCAAUGCUAAACCAGGAGUUCUGCCUAAUAUUAUGUGGAUAAUGGACAGAAUAUUUAAAUUUACCAACUUUGGAAUUGUUUCUGUCAUACACAAAGACUUCUUUAUUUUAUCAGGUAAAGAUCAGAGAGAACAAGCUGUAAAAGAACUACGAAACCAUAUUAAGUCAUCGUACAUUCCUCUUCAAAGAAAUUUAAUAAUCCUUUUCCCAGAGGGGGGAUUUUUAAGGAAAAGAUUAGAAGCAAGUCAAAGAUAUGCUCAAAAAAAUAAUUUGCCUUUUUUGGAACAUGUAACCCUUCCAAGAUUAGGAGCAUUUUCAGCAAUAAUUGAUGAAUUGUCACCAAAACAAACCAAAUAUGGAGGCGUAAUGAACAAUAAUACUGAUUUUGAUGAAAAUACUGACAAGUUAACAUGGAUUUUGGAUAUAACAAUAGCAUAUUCUGAAGGAAAACCAUUAGAUCUGCCAACUAUUAUAAUGGGUCAACGUAGAGCUUGUUGUACACAUAUGUACUAUAGAUUAUUUCCUAGUUCAGUGGUUCCUAGAGAUCAAGAAGAAAUGACAAAAUGGUUGUUUGACCGGUGGGAAGAAAAAGAACGUCUUUUAGAGAUUUUUUACUCAACUGGUGAAUUUCCUGGCCAUAAAGGUCGACAAUCAUCUGUUAUUCAACAAGAUUGUGUGCGCUUUUUGAUACUGCAUUUAUUUUUUAUUGCAUCAUCGUAUGCUCACUACCGAAUAAUAAGUUACCUUAUAAGCCUGUUAUGGUAAAUUUUGUCAAGCCAAAAAUAAUUCUGAAUGAAACUAUUUUAAGUAUGUGAAUAUAUACAUUUGUAUAUGUGUUUUAAUAAUAUAUUCAUCAUAUUAUAAGAAAUGGUGGUGUAACACUUGUAUCAAAAACUGUAGAAAAUAUGUGAUUUAAGUUAAAUAUGGGUUAUAGAAGUACAAGAAAGAAAAAAGGUUUUAUAAAUAACAAUAUUUAAAAAAUUAAUUAAUAAAUAACUUAAUUAAAUCACUUACAUGUUACAAACUGUGAUCUUAACCUGAAUUUAAGGUUGUAUAAGUUUAUAAUUGAUGUAAAAUAAUACAUUUUUUUUAAUUUGGUUGAAGUUAUGUAAAUAAAUUUUUAAAUGUAAAAAUCUAUUUAUAUGUAUGAUUUUAUAUUGUACAUUAUUAUAGGUUUUCCUUACUUAAAUUAGAAUAAUAAAUUUGUAUCAUGUUUUAAAAUUGGAUAACUAAAACAAUAUUAUUGUGA